AUGGAGCGCACCGCUUCCGGCCCCAAGACUCUCUUCCCGAGAGGGCCAAGCUUCACUCUGGACGACUUCUCCAACAAGGACUUUAUUGUGCGUGACUUUGUCGAUAGCCUAGCUGAGAGCGCCGUGCCCUCGAAUCGCCGGUCAGGGAGUGCGCAAACACCUUUCGACCCAAAACCCCUGAUUCGAACAUUUGAAAGUAUGACCGACAUACGCUUUCAGGCUCAUGCCCUUGAUCAACUAGGCUCGCUUGGAGCUGAACUCCAGGAGAAGGAGUCGGAGCUUAUGUCGCAUGUGCGCCGCGCAGAGGUAGCCCAUGAUUCAACACUCGAGACCCUAGGCCAGAAGCUCGACGAGUCCAUGAGGGCGUUCGAACAGUUAGAUCUAUCCCUCAACCAAGAACAUUCUUUUAAAACCGGAGUCGGCAUCAAAACACACGCUGGCGGCAACAUAGCGCUCCAAAUCGGCGAGAAGCUCGAGGACCUGGACAAGAAACGACGGCGUGCGAACGAUGCCAUAUUUCUGAUUCAGUGCUGGACGGAGGUCAGCGAGACGGGAAAGCUAUCACUCCUACAAGACGUUCAAAGACAGGCUGGUUCUGAGCACAAAGUACGGUGCGCAAUGAUUGUUCGACAACUCAUGCGCAUCAGCCAGCGACUUGAUCCAACAUCAUGGGGGCAGACGAACGGCCAGCGAAACGGAGGACAAACGAAUGGUGUGGUUGGAAAUAUAAGAUUACACAACACCAGGGAAGUCUUGGAGAAGUUCUGCGAGACGCUCGAGCAGGAUCUGCUUCAGCAGUUCGAAAACAGCAACAAAAAGGGCAACUAUAGCGAUAUGAUGGAAUGUGCAAAGGUUCUUUACGACUUCAACGGAGGUGCCAGUGUCAUUGCGACCUUUGUCAAUCAGCAUGCCUUCUUCCUGGACCGCGAUCAACUCCUGGCCGACGAGGUUCAGGUGGAUAGCGACACAUGGGAACAGCUGGCAGAUCCUGACUCGGAGCCGCCAACGGUAGAACCGAGCCUGCAGAACCUCUUGGACGAGAUCAAGAUCGUUAUGCAAGACGAGUCCAACCAGAUCAAACUCAUCUUUCCGUACUACGAAACAGUGCUUAUCAAGUUCAUUCAACGAAUAUUUCAGCAGUCAAUCCAACAGAGGCUCGAAAUGGUAUUGGAUGAAACUCUCAAAAUCUCUUCUUUGGCUUUCUUGAGAGCCUUGCACUCCUCAAGAACUUAUCUAGGGUCAUUGGUCGAAGAUCUCAAGUCCCAUGGCUUGACAGAACACCCCGAGCCUUGCUCCGCCCAAAUAGCACACACACUCGACCAGCAGAUGGAAGAGCUUUUUGUGCCAUAUAUGAUAGGCAACUCGUACAUCGAGCGGGAGCGGAAGAGUCUGGAAGAAAUGUACAGCUCCCUGCUCUUCAAGUACAGUAUAUACCAUUCCAGGCGGAAAAAGGCGCCGACUGGUUUCAUGGCUUCACUGGCCCAGCAAGGCACACAACUGAUUGCCUCCGCAAAGGAUGCUUAUAUCGAGCGUCUCGACUCGUCAGAACUCACAAGCACACAGAAGAAAAUGAUGCUGCGUGUUGCUGGCGUUCAAGAUAAGGACAAGGAUAACAAGAACGAGAUCGAGGUCUCAGAGGAGGACGGCGCUUUGAGCGUUGCUAAUGCCAAGCGCAUGCUCAAGUGGUUAGCCGAGAGCGUCCAGCGCACUCUUGAACUCGGAACACAGACCGAUACUCCCAAGGAUGUCAAUACUCUCCUGAACCUGCUCUUGACGAGCCUGGGCCAGGUAUACAUCGAGACAACUCUCGACGCUGCCCUUGACCAAGUCUCUGUGCAGGAGAACACAAAGACAGAGCCUGAUUUAUCUUACUUGCCAACGAUACAGCCGGCUGUCACAAUCACAAGCCUCAUGGAUCGCUUCAUCACAGUCGUGCUCAUCCGGCUUGCGGAAUCAAACACAACAGUCAGGCGUAGCAUGGAGGCGCAGAAGAGGGCGGCCAUUGGUAACAUUGAGAAGAAAACAAACAAUGUCAUCAAGGGCACUAUCGACGUUGUAUCCAACUGGGUGACCAAGUCCUUAGCUGGUCAGCGGAAGCAGGACUUCCGACCAAAAGAGGUCGAGCUCGACUCAUUGCAGACACAGACGUGUCUGAGCAUCUGUACUUUCCUAGCCCGCGUCCAGCGUCUCGCUCGUCAAGCUAUCGACGGCCAAAACUCAGAAAAGUUCUUUACCGAACUUGCUCUGGUGAUUCUGAAGCUGCUCUUUGAGCACUUCAAGAAGUUCCAGGUCAAUGCCACAGGAGGUCUGAUGGUCACGCAAGAUAUCGCAAAGUACGUUUCCACAAUGCGCGAGUGGCCAUUGACCAAGGAGGUUGGCUCCGCUGUCGAAAUGCUCACUGAGAUUGGUUCUCUCUUUAUCGUCGGCCCCGAAGCACUCCGCGAAAAGACACGAACACUGGCGGCAUCGGGCAUAAGGGGGAAACUGUCCAGAGCAGAUUUUAGGGCGUUUGUGCAGAGGCGUGAUGACUCGGGGACAGUGGGCAUCCAGAGCGUUUUGAGUGGUCUUUGA